AUGACCUCUCACCCCUCUCUCUUCUCUGCCCAUCAGGACCUCCAGCCUCUGGUGUUGACCUUUGACCUUCCGGUGACCCUGGUACCCCAGGCCCUGCCGGACGCAGUGUUGCCGGUCAUCCAGCAGGUGGCACAGGCUCUGGGGAUCAGCAUGAGCUUCAGGGCUCAGCCCAGACUUUAUAGCAGCUGCUGUGUGGUCAGAGGACUGAGUCUCACAGAUAUACAGAGAGCCGAACACGCACACACACACCACACUUUCCCCUUUCUCUGUCUCACUGUUUUCUCUGUUUCUCUGUGACUUUUAGAUGCACUUCCUUACAUUAAUAAAGAGAAACCUUGACUACAUUUACAUUUACAUUUUAGUCAUUUAGCAGACGCUCUUAUCCAGAGCGACUUACAGGAGCAAUUAGGGUUAAGUGCCUUGCUCAAGGGCACAUUUACGUCAUUUAGCAGACGCUCUUAUCCAGAGCGACUACAAAUUGGUGCAUUCACCCUAUAGCCAGUGGGAUAACCACUUUACAAUUAUACUUUUUUUUUUUUUUUUUUUGGGGGGGGUGUAGAAGGAUUACUUUAUCCUAUCCCAGGUGUUCCUUAAAGAGGUGGGGUUUCAAAUGUCUCCGGAAGGUGGUGAGUGACUCCGCCGUCCUGGCGUCGUGAGGGAGCUUGUUCCACCAUUGGGGUGCCAGAGCAGCGAACAGUUUUGACUGGGCUGAGCGGGAACUAUGCUUCCGCAGAGGAAGGGGAGCCAGCAGGCCAGAGGUGGAUGAACGCAAUGCCCUCGUUUGGGUGUAGGGACUGAUCAGAGCCCGAAGGUACGGAGGGAAUAAUAAUUGAAUAAUAAUUGGGAAUAAUAAUAAUAAUAAAGGGAAUAAUAAUUGAAUAUGAUUAAUUAUUAGCUCUGCACACAUUACUUUCCCCCUCUAACUCUGCCCUUCUCUCUCCCUACCCUAACAGAAGGCAGUGUGUGUCCUGAUGGAGCUGAUGCUGGGGUCAGAGGUUGGGGCUGGGGGUCAGGGCGGGGUCACGGGGGUGGUCAGCCCCCAGCUGGACGUGACCUCCCAGCAACACCUCUUCCUGCUGGGAUAGAAUGGAGCACACUUCCUGGGGGUCAAGCAUCAGACCCAGACCCAGAUAGUCCUGCCAGACCUCAGCGCCCCUCAGAACCCUCCCUCACUCAUCCAGGGCAGCCCAGACGGAGUAUGUCUGGCCAGGCAGCAACUCAUGGUGAGGAGGGUCACAGUUCACUUUGCUCUUUGUAAUGGUUAAUUGAUAGAUGAGAUGAACUCUGACCACAUGCUGGUCAGCAACGGGCUGACCAACUACUGGCUCAACAUGCUGCUGCAGCAACUCUGCCUCUCCGACCCCAGUGUGUGUGUCUUUUCAUAUACUGGUAUGUAUCAGGGGCUUUUUCUCGUUUGGGCAAUGUCCUCUGCUCUCUCUCCGUCCUCUCUCCUCCGAUCUUCUCCUCCACCUCUUCCUCCGUCACUCUCCUCUGUCCUCUCUCCUCCGUCCUCUCUCCUCCACCCUCUCUCCUCCGUCCUCUCUCCUCCAUCCUCUCUCCUCCGUCCUCUCUCCUCCGUCCUCUCUCCUCCACCCUCUCUCCUCCGCCCUCUCUCCUCCGCCCUCUCUCCCCUGUGUCUCCUCUCCUCUGUCCUUUCUCCUACGCCCUCUCUCCUCCAUCCUCUCUCCUCCACCCUCUCUCCUCCGUCCUCUCGUCCUCUCUCCUCCGUCCUCUCUCCUCCGCCCUCUCUCCUCCGUCCUCUCUCCUCCGUCCUCUCUCUUCGUCCUCUCUCCUCCGCCCUCUCUCCUCUGUCCUCUCUCCUCUGUCCUCUCUCCUCCGUCCUCUCUCCUCCACCCUCUCUCCUCCACCCUCUCUCCUCCGCCCUCUCUCCUCCGUCUUCUCUCCUCCGUCCUCUCUCCUCCGCCCUCUGUCCUCUCUCCUCCGUCCUCUCUUCUCUGUGACCUGGAAACCGAGUCGAGGAGCGUUUCAAUUCGUUAGUAGGCAAAUGGAAGAAGGUCCUCCCCUCCUCAAUAGCCUCUUUUUGGCGAGGAAGCACAAGUGUGUCCUACCGCGGAAGAGUUUUGACGUUUGCCACACCCCCUUUGAAUCAGCUGUUGUAUUCUCGGAGGAGAAAAGCAUGCACACAUUUAAAAACGAUAUGCUACUUAUCCUUUUAUCUGUCUUGUCUUGCACAACUAACUUCACUAGUUUUUUCACUUUACACAUUUAUUUUGGGAUCCACCCCUAAAAAUGUGAUUUGCCUGAUGACACGCGAGUGGAGAAGGAGAUUCUCAUUUCAUACAAGCACAUUUUUGUCCACGUUCACUCACCUUGCCACCUCUCCUCGAUUACCUUUGACCUUUUUCAAAAGGAGGCGAGAGAGGAUGGAGGAGAGUGGACGGAGGUGUUGAGCAAAUCUAAUUGAGAAAAGGCCCCAGUCCUAUCCUGUCCUAUCCCAUCCUGUCCCAUACUAUCCUGUCCUAUCCUGUCCUGUCCUAUCCUGUCCUAUCAUGUCCUAUCCCAACCUAUCCCAUCCUGUCCUAUCCUGUCCUAUCCUGUCCUAUCCUGUCCUAUCCUGUCCUAUCCUGUCCUAUCCUGUCCUAUCCUGUCCUAUCCCAUCCUAUCCUGUCCCAUCCUAAUCUGCUCUUCCUUUUCCUCAGGCUCAGUGCCAGCCCCGAGUCUUUGAUUGGCGCUCUUUCCCAAACUAAGCCCUGCCCGUCGCCCCCACCAGGCCUGACUCUGCCCUCUGAGGGAAUGAGGAUGGGGCUGAAGGGGACAGAGAGCAGGCAACUGGAGAAGGUGUGGAGAGAUAGGGUCACCAUCAGAUAACAGAAUCAAUACCUGUAGCCCUCUUGACUACCAAGUUAAGUGCAGUACUGUGAGAGUUUGACAGUGUGAGAUAUAAUGUAUUGCACAGGAGGUUGGUGGCACCUUAAUUGGGGAGGACGGGCUCUUGGUAAUGGCUGGAGCGGAAUAGGUGGAAUGGUAUCAAAUACAUCAAACACAUGGUUUCCAUUGGUUUGAUGCCAUUCCAUAUGCUCUGUUCCAGACAUUAUUAUGAGCCGUCCUCCCCUCAGCAGCCUCCACUGAUGGAUUGAAACAGUUGUAAGGUGUUUCCUUGCAGGGGAUUUGAUUCUGCAGUUGUCCUGAGGGUGGUGCUAUUGGAUCAGUAGAGUAUCAGGUUUGAUCAAUGAGAGCACCUCUGUUUACCCAGAUCCCAGAGAACGAGGAUCUGUCCGGCCUGUCGUACGAGGACGAGAGCCCUGGUCCGAUGACAUCAGAGCUGAGUGAUGUCAUGAGCCAGGUCAGGAUGAUGAGUCGGAGGAGCAGCCUCCAGGGUCCUGAAGUCUGCGGGUUCCUCAACCAGGGGAGACGCCAGUCAACAGGCCAGGCCAUGACCAGGAGGUAAAUACAUUCACACUAGGGAGGGUAAGAUGAAGUUGUCCUUAGGGACAAUGGUUGAGGUUGGGAUUUUGUUUGGAUAGUCCCAAAUAUUCCAUGUGGAUUUGAUCUUAGAUGAGGGCAAGCCAAUCACACUUGAGCAAAGUUAGCCCCUGUUCUUUCAGAAUAGAAUGAAAAACAAAAAACAAAACAUUUGCACUUUAUCUUAAUUUAUUGUGCGUUUAGCCUUUUGUGCGGCCGUGAAUGUUCUGCCUGGAAAAUAACGGGAGAAUUUGGAGCUGCAGUGCUGUUUGCUGCAGUUUAGCGAUACUCUCAUGAUAAAUAGUAAUGUCAGAAAGGUAUUGCAUUUAUUCAAUCCCUCUCUUCAGUAUCAGGUCUCAACAGCCCUUGGAUUAGCUGGGAGAGCUACUUAGCUAAGUGAGUCCUACAAACAGCCUUCACGCUGCGUAGCUCAGACCUGACCUUGGUCUCACUACUGCCGCUCUGUUGCAGACUGCUGGAUGGAGAGAUGGAGGGAGGAUGGAGUGAGAGACGGAACAGCCUGAGAGAGAUGGAGGGAGGGAGGAUUGAUACUAGAUGGAACAGCCUGAGAAAGAUGGAAGGAGGGAGGAGUGAGAGACGGAACAGCCUGAGAGAGAUGGAGGGAGCACGGAGUGAGAGAUGUAACAGCUUGAGAGCGAUGGAGGAAGGGAGGAGUGAUACUAGACGGAACAGCCUGAGAGAGAUGGAAGGAGGGAGGCAUGAGAGAUGGAACAGCCUGAGGAGGGACGUGACUCAGACUCAGGACACUCUCUGUGACGCAUCAAGGAAUGAGGUGAGACUCUCACUCUGAUUUAGAAUGAUUCAUAUUCAUUAACAGGUUUUGUUGCAUAUUUGUCAUGGAUGAGGUAAGUUCCAACUCUCCCCAGCCAGAAAUGAAACAACCCCAGAGCAAUAUAGAGGAGCAUGUUAUAUGUGACACUGUAAACUGUGUCACCAAUUGAUUUGACCCCUUUGCUUUCUUUGAGCCUCACGCAAUCAAAUUUGAAGAAUUAGAUUUUUGUGUGUUUGUGCUACAGUAGUUGUUUUUGCCAUCAUUUGUCCACUUGGUGCCCCAAAGGUUACCAUGGGGAUAACAUGUUUAUCUCCACGGUAACAACAGGAAGUGCCAGUUCGAGUCAUCUUCUGUUCUCUCAGUAAAUCAGGUUCCCUUCCAGAACACAUCAGUCACAGAACAACCUAACUGCAUUUCCUCCCUUAUUUACCGGCUUCAUCCAACUUUUCCUGUUGUUGCAGGAUUACGACUAUGAGAUGAAGAAACUGCUGGCAACCCAAGGUGAGACCUUCUCAAUGUUCAUGCUUCUGCCUUGUAGUGUGAACAGUAGCCCAGCAGGUCUCAUUAACAACAUCACCUUGGUUUAUCCAGGGUUCAGUCACACACAAAAGUCCUAUUUUCGGACUUGUAGAAGAGUCCCACUAAGAGGCACCCAUUUUACUUCUGCGCCAGCCCACCAUUGCAAAUCAGAGCACCCACUUAGCAGCUGCACCUGGCCAAAUUAGUGGCAUGUCAUUGGGAUAUGCCACUUGCCACUGUCUGCUAUUGAGAGACAAGGCAGCUCUUGUUUGUUAUUCAGAUCAGUGAUGGAGGGAACCCAUUAAUGUGGGACUAUGAGCCAGAGCGUUGAUAGAGGAGACCCGUUUAUGUGCUGCACAUUGCCAGAGAGGUGAUGGAGGGGACCCACUUAUGGGUUGCACCGUGCCAAAGUUAUAAUAGAGGAGCAUUACUACUCCCGCUGAAUUUACACACUCUGGUGUCUGUUACACUCAGGCAGAUACACACACACACACACAGACACACACACACACAUACAUCAGACACUCGUAUAUGAAUUAUAUGCUUAUGAGAUUCUUCGCAAAGCAUUCUGUAUCAAACACUGUUCUUUAUUAGUCUAUCUGCAUUAUUCACCUGACAACAACAGCAUACCAAUUAAACCACUGCCUGUCUGGUUGAGUGAUUUAUAGUAACUUUGUGUGCAUGUUUUUUUGGGGAAUGUGUGUGUUUGUUUUUGUAUGGAUAGCUAAUCUGUCUAUGUGUGCAUUUACACAUGCAAUCUAAUUCUGAUCUUUUGCCAAUUAUUAGUCUCGUGACCAGUCAGAUCAGAAUUUCCCCAAUUGGGCUGCCUGUAUAAACGCAGCAAAAGAUCAGAAUUGUGCUGCCUAUGUAAACGCAGCCUGUGUGUGUGUGUGUGUGUGUGUGUAUGUAUGUGUGUGUGUGUGUGUGAUGUAUUAUAUCUGUACUCUCAGAGGAAGCCGGUGGUGACAGAGGUUCGGACCCCCACUGAUACCUGGAGUGGUCUGGGCUUCUCUAAGUCCAUGCCUGCCGAGGCCGUCAAGGAGCUAGGCAACAUCAGCCGACAAAGCUACAAACCCUACCUGGCAAACACUGGACAACUACAACAGGUACUACUCACCCGUAGAGCAACCACCUACUACUGUCAUCUUGCCUGGUUAGAAGUGAAGAAAAAAGAAGACUUCAACUGUUUCACCUGUACUAGGAUUAUCGUCUAAGUGCCUUUACAUCAACAAACAGAUCACUACAACUGUACGUCUUCCAUGGGCUUGACCUGUCCUCUCAGUCUCCACCAGGCAGGGUUUAUUAUCAGCCAUUGAGCAGCUGCCCUCUCUGAAUGCUCUGUGGCCAGUCACUGAACACCACACUCAUUUGGGUUAAUAAAUACUGUCUGAUCAUUUCUGUGUUGUUUUGCGUGAGGGAAUUUAGGAGUGAGUGUGUGCGUUUCGCCUAAGCGCCUGAUUAUUUGUAGCGAGCUAGGAGAGGCGUUGAGCUGGGCAAGAGCUUGUUUAAUAAUAUGAUUAUUCUCAGUGCUGCUUGGCUCGAUUGGUAUUCCUGCUCUGAGAAAAACAGAGUGGAGGAGACAAACUGUGAGCACCAAUUACAAACCUGUCUCAUCCACUCAUUCUCAUAGGGAAGGAGAGAGUGAGUGAGAGAGAGAAGGAGAGAGUGAAGGAGAAAGGGGAGCGGAGGAAAAGUGAGAAACAAAGCGAUGGAUGAAUUAAAAACAUUGAGAAGAUAAAAAAGCUGAAUAUAUGCAAUUAAACCCCAUCUCUUUUCCUCUCUCUUUCUCUCUCUGCAGACCUGGGGCCCUCAGAAUUGGAAGAAAAAAGUGUAGAACGGCAGUGACUCAGAGAACUAGCGUGACAGACAAGGAUCCUCGUCUUCAUCCUCCCCAAUCUCCCCCUCUCCAUCUUCCUCAUCCUCUUCCUCCCCCUCUAACUUCUCUUCUUCCUUCUCCUCCACCUCCUCCUUCCUGGUGUUUGCGUCUUCAACAAACAGACCCCGAACGUAUAAAACCUGUAAGUGUUGUUGUGUGUGUGUGUGUGUGUGUGUGUCUCUAAGAGACUGUGUGUCUACAAAGAGAAAAUGUAAUGAAAUGCAAUUCCUGUGUCUAGCUAAUCUUCAAUGUAGUCGGUAUCAAAGCUGUGCUUGAAAUGUCUUCCAUCUGAGAGUUACAGAGAGAUGUGAGAAGACUUUGUUAUGCUUUCUGUCUCCACAGUUCCUUCUGUUAAUCUUUUACUUCCCCAUCUCUCCUUGAUCUUUUCACCUUUGAUUUCUGACCGCUGACCUCUGACUCCAAGCGGAGAGCUUCCUGACCUGCAGUAACUACUUUGAGGGCGUGUCCACGGUGAUGAGGUUGACCGGUAGCCAGCGGAACCCCUCCCCCCAGCCUACAGACGACCUCCCAGAGCUCCUGAGCCAGCUGGGUCUGAGGAAGUACAUCAACGUGUUCCAACAGCAAGAGGUACAGACAGACAAACAGCUAGCGCCCCCUGGGGUAUAGGAGUAACAGAUAAAUGUCUAUACACAGAGGGUUAUCUGUUGAAGUAGCCUCCAUAAGCAGGAUUGACUGAGUUGUUUCCGGAGGCACAGCGGCUGACUGAAAGAGCAUUCUGAGUAUGUCUUGUAUAAGUGAAGUGUGGUGGAUGUGUAAGCAACAGGACUGUCAUGCCCCCUAUUUCUGCAGAUUGACUUCCAGACCUUUCUGACUCUGUCUGACGAGGAUCUGAAAGAGGUGGGAGUGUCCAUGUUUGGAGCGAGAAGGACAAUGCUUUUGUCCAUCUCAGGCGAUUGAUCGCAAAAAACACCAUAUACAUCCAACCCACUUUUCCCUGAGGCUUACAUGUGAUGUAUAGAACAUCUCUCUCUCUCCAUCCAUCCAGACCUGAACAAAAGCAAGAGGAAACUGUCAGAAAUGCCCGCUGUGAAGCCAGGCUACCUGGUAGGCGGGGCUAGUGACCAGCUCCCACGAAUCAUGGAUGAGGACACAGCGGCUUAG